GACCAAAAAGAAAUCAGAAUAAACUUUGAAGCAAUGACCCUCACAAAAAAAAUUAUUAAAAUAAAACCGACAAACCAAGUUGUGGAAGUUGUCAAAUAUCUAGCUUACGAUGCGCUUUACGAACCAGAUGAUGUAAUCUUAAUAACAGUUACUUGUAUGUCGAAGGCUAGACCUGAAGUUGCGUCUAUAUUAAGCAUCAUUAGCAUCAUUCAAUACUCUUGCGCUAUCGUUUUAUCCGGUCACAUGCAUGAUGUCAUUUUCGACUUGUCACUAGUCAUAAUUCCGUUUACCUGGCUGAACAAAUCUAUCAGAGAUGUUCUUUACGCUAAUCAAAUUAGUUCGAUAGCACUCGAACUGGUCAGCAGAGAAUGCCGAUUAACCGCAUUCAGAAGAAAUGAACAUAAUCGUCGAGAUGACUGGUAUGAUCAAAUAAAAAAUUGGCGAAAGUACCGAUUUCACCUUAUAUUGAAUGAAUUGGUUGAAAAUGUAUCUGCACACGCAGAAUUGGAACAAGGAAGGUUUUGCUUUACAACCGGCUCGUUGUUUGCUAAUAAAAAGACGAACAAAAGUUAUCUUGAAAUUCUUUCUGGCGCUCAAGAAUGUG